AUGGCCGAGAGGGAAUCGAUCAAAUCCCCAACGCUUGUGACUUCGGUCAAAGAAACUGGCGUAGCAGUGGUUGUGCUUAAUCGACCGAAGAAGCGAAACGCGUUAUCCCAGGAUCUGAUAAAUGAGCUUACAGGGGCCUUGAGCCAACUCAACAAAAGUCCAACGGUGCGCGCCGUUAUCCUGACCAGCUCCGGAGCAUUUCCUUUCUGUGCUGGAGCAGAUCUAAGCGAGCUGGCCGAGUUGUCAACGGCUGAAGCGUAUCGUGUCGGAUGGCUAAAGGACCUUGAGGUUGCUUUCUCAAGCUUCCGAAAGCCGAUAAUUGCAGCAGUGCGAGGAUUUGCAGUAAGUACUUGGAGACAUGCUCGAGAUACUACAUGCACUUCCCUUCCCCGGAUGCCCCUGCUAUGGGUGGGUACUAACCAUCUGCCUAUGCAGUGCGAUAUGAUCUUUGCUUCAGCAGAUGCCCAGUUCGGCUUUCCAGAGAUCAAGCUGGGCACCAUCCCUGGGGUCGGCGGCACGCAGCGAUUGACGAAGACUGUUGGAAAGCACAAGGCCAUGGAGAUGAUUUUAACCGGAUCGCCAGCAACGGCGAGGGAGAUGGAGCGACUAGGUGUGGUGAAUCGCAUCAUGACGGCGGAGCAAGACGUCGUCGAUGAAGCGCUGAAAGUCGCGCAAACAAUGGCUUCCUUCUCAGCACCUGCGGUCGGGUUGGCGAAGGAGGCUGUAACAGCCGCAACAACCCUGCACGCGGGGUUGCAGAUAGAGCGUGCAUUGUACUACAGCAGCUUCUCGCUGGAAGACUGUCAAGAGGGCAUUGCGGCCUUCCUAGAGAAGCGGCCUGCCAAAUUCCAGCAUCGCUGA